AUGAAUUAUUUUCCCAAUGUGAUGGUUGCAGAAACACCAUCACGUCCCUUAAUUCAGAAUAAUUACUUGUUAACACCAGAGUGCAUUUUAUCUCCCUCCAUAGCUCAGAAAAUUCCUAUAACAACACCAUUAAUAUCUCCUACCACAAUUGUCUCGCCCGCAACUACCGCAACUAUGUCUACUGCAACAUCAUCAGAUUUAUCAGAAACAAGCUCAAUUUCUACUUCUGCAACGACAACAACGAUAACUCCACCAAGUCCGUAUCAAUAUCCAAAUCAUAAUUGUGAUGAUCCAAGCUAUUUACCGAAAGUAACUAACCCAACUGACGAUGAAAAACGUCGACGUAACACAUUAGCAUCGGCAAAAUUUCGUAAUAAAAGGAGAAUGAAGGAACAAGAAUUAGAACGUAUAGCUAGGGAGAUGACAGAGAAAGCUGAAUUUCUUGAGUGUAGAGUUAAAGAACUUGAGAGCGAAGUUAAGCUAUUGAGAGGUUUAAUUAUUGAUAUUGAUUCUAGUCGAUUAAAUGGUUCAAGUCAUAAUAAUCGUCCAAUUAACAUUGGCA